UGGGAAUGCUGCUAUAAGAGCUUGAUGUCGAGUCGGCUGAUACCACCACUUCCGCUGUGAUAAUACGUACCUACCAGGACAACUCUCUGAAGUAGCUUCAUACUGUCUGCGCCUUGUUCAUAAUGGGAGGAAUUAUCCACGUUGUGCAGCUUCGAUUCAAGCUAGAUGUCGACAAGGACAAGAUUGACCAUGUGAUUGCUGAUCUGAAAUCGCUCAAGGAUAAGUGUGUCCUUCCCGACACCCAAGAGCGAUACAUCAAGUCCAUCACCGCUGGAGCGGACAAUUCCAUCGAGGGAUUGCAAAACGGCUUCACCCAUAUGAUCGUCACCGUGUUCGAAACCGCUGAACAUCGCGACUACUAUGCAAAGUCGGAUCCUGCUCAUCUGGCUUUGGGUGGAGGCCUGGGGCUUGUCUUGGAAGGGCUGCAGGUGCUUGACAUUGACGCAUGAGCUGGUUUAGAUGACAAAGCCUUUUUGGAUGGGUUUCAGGAACGUGACUAUGCAUUGUAUUGCAUUGUUGUUGGUGUGGUCUAGCCAGAAGCACAACACAGCAUUUACGCAAGAGUGGCAUUUUGACCCAGCGCCA